GAGAGGAUGGCAAACAUGUAGUCUAGUGGAAUCAUGUGGAGACGCGCGCAAUGUGUGCGCCCGUGUGUGUGUGCGUGAAGAACUGUGAUCAAAUGGAGGAAACCUGAUAAAUCAAUGACAUUCGAAACAGCGCAAAAGCAUCUGGUUGUUAAGUUCAAGGUAGUGGAUGCGCGUUGGAUUGAGAGCAGAACCAAGAGACGGGAUGGAGUGACAUUACGCGCAAGAAGAAGAGGCUGCUGCCACCGCGGGCGAACGUCUGUUUUGACCUCUGUGGGAAUAAUUCCUGGGACAAUAAACAACUUGGCGAGGAUGUAUCAAUGAAGAAUGUGACUGCGACUGACUCUCUCCAAACGGGGUUGAUGAAGCCCUCGGCGGUGUCAUGCGUCUUGCCCCGCAGCCAAGCGCGCAACCCUUGCGGCUCAUAGUUCUCCUGCUCCUCAGUACGGGGGUGAUCACAUCCCCGUUACUGUCCACCGGCUGCCCGGACCGGUGCGUGUGUGAUGACCAGCUGGUGGUUCAAUGCGCCGGGCAGCACCUGACCUCGUUCCCGGUCAAUUUACCGCUGGCAACGCGGCAGCUCAUCAUCUCCAACAACCGCAUCGUGGAGCUGCCGCCGCUUGCGCUCAACUACCUCUCCGAUUUGGUCUACCUGGACUGCAGCAACAACUCUCUGACGGAGAUUUCAGAGUCCACCUUUGGGAACCUAAGGAAACUGGCCUACUUGGACCUCUCUUUCAACACACUGACCCGCAUAGAGGACAGGACUUUCGGCCCUUUGGCCAGCCUGGUGAUGUUAAGGAUGACGGACAACCCGGGGCUCUCGGACAUCCACCCGGACGCUUUUGUGGAAAACGUGGCCCUACAAGUGUUGGAUGUGAGCCGGAACAACCUGACAGUCCUCAACAUCACCUCCCUCAUCGGGCUGCCAUCCCUGCGCUCCGUGGGGCUCAGUGGGAACCCGUGGAGCUGCGAGUGCGACAAUGAAGACCUCUGUCUGUGGGUCCACCUGGAGGGCUUCAAAUUCCAAGAUGAGGGCCAGACGGUGUGUGGAUCACCCGCUGACAUGCAGGGCAGACGUCUGGGUGAGGUCGGUGUCCAGCUACGGACGAUAUGCCACCAGACUCUGGGCUCCUGGGACUAUCUAUUCUUUGUCCUCAUCGGCUUUGUCAUCUUCGCUGCUGGGACGGUGUCGGCCUGGGUGAUGGGUGUCAUCAUGGUACUCUAUGAGCGCUACAUCAAGAAAAAGGACGAGCAGCUCGAUCUGGACGAGGAAGGGGAAGAAAUUGAGACGGGUCGUACUUCCAGGGGCAGGAGUGACCAUGGCAAUGGGAAUUUGAAGACUUCACAGACUGCUUAAAAGCUUAACCCCACCUUGCCCGUUAUGGAAUCCUACAGUGCCUCCUGUCAGCUUCCAGGACUGCCUGUGCAACUAUUGAAAUGUCAGUCAGCUCUUAAACAGUCUCAGCUAUGAGAGAUCAAAGCAAAGAUUCAACAGAAAUGAGGAAUGUCAUUCUACUCAUUUACAGUGGGCUUUCAGGUGAUGUAAAACCCACUGGCUGCUAUCGUGGAGGUCCUCAGCCUGUGGGUUACAUGUAAACAGAUGUAUGCCAUGAUGUGUUGUUCACUUCUGCAUUGGUUUUGGAAGAAAGAUAAUCACUGCAGAAAGGCAAUGUUUGUCUUUGAAGCUGGUUACCUUGGAAGCAGCUUGCCGGUUAUGCUCUAAACAUAACACACUGGUUAAGACAGUUUUAGCUUAAAGUCCCUCAGUCAUGAUGUGACGCAUAAUCAAAGCACUUGCAGUGAAUAAUAAUAUUAGUGCACUAAAUUACCUCAUUUAAAAUC